AUGGCGACAAUACGCUUUGCCGGAAACUCCCAGGAUGAAGACGAAACGCAGCUGCUUUUGCAGCUAGAAUCUGGGAAUCAGGCAGACCGAAUCCAAGCAUCCCGCCGGUGGCACAUACCACUGGCUUUGGUCGUCAUACUGCUCCUUGGGUCAGUUGCAUGGUUCCGGCACGCUCCUCUGGCGCACGGCGAAGCCAAGGGCCAGGACACACCUGUCAUUCAGGAAUUUUCGAGCGGCCGCAUCUACGAUCAGAUGCCAGCAAGUGGGGGUGUCGACGACUACGACCCAUGGUCAGAUCCGGCGACAUGGGAGCAGGAUCAGAGGGGCGAAGUUGUCACGCGCCCGGGACACCAGUCUGCAUACCGCGGGUACGGCGACGCGGACGAAGCGUGGGAUGGUUCUUUCGCAUCAGACGGAGACGGUGACCGGGCGGAUGCAUCUACCUCGGAGAGAGGUCGAGACGCUGCAGGCACAGAUUACACGUCACAAGACCAAGGUUCUGACGGAGACGGGGACCGGGCGGAUGCAUCUACCUCGGAGAGAGGCACUGAUUACACAUCGCAAGAUCAAGGUUCUGACGGAGACGGUGACCGGGCGGAUGCAUCUACCUCGGAGAGAGGUCGAGACGCCGCAGGCACAGAUUACACUUCACAAGACCAAGGUUCUGACGGAGACGGGAUGGAUGGAGACAUCUCUUGGGAAUAUUGGAACCGCUCACACGAAGAGGAAAGUACAACGACUCUUGCGACUGCGACGACCACUCAUGCAUGCAUUUCUCCCCUGCAGAUGUCCAGAGCCGGCCGAGACAUGAGCUACUUUCUGAUCCUUGGUGACUGGGGCAAGGCAGGCGGCCCUGGCAGCUGCCAGAAGGCCGUGGCAGCCCAUUUGCGAGCCUACGCCGAGAAGCAGGCGUUGGCAUCGAAGAAGCUGCUGUUCAUUGCGACAGUCGGGGACAACUUCUAUUGGACUGGGGCAACUCCAGAGGCUUGGGACGCCGUAUGGUCCCAGCCCUACGGCACUCAAGAUCCGAACUCACCAGUUUACCAAGUUCCGUGGCUUUCUGUGUAUGGGAAUCAUGACUAUGGAAACCAUGAUCCAUAUGCUUUCUGCCCGCACAAAGACGAAUCAGCUCAGAGAACUGUCAUCAAUGGACAGGCGUAUGCAAGCCACCAGCUGAACUUGGACAAGAAUCCGAGCCGCCCUUGGGGCACCGAGAUGUAUUGGCUUCCAGAUUACAACUAUCACUACGCCAUCCCCAGUGAUGCCCACGCAGAUGUGGAGGUCAUAGCGGUGGACACCUCCGCUCGCCUCAGCCCAGAAGAUGUCGGCGGGAACCCAAGAGGCCGAGCCUCGGCCGAUGCGCUUUGCGGUGGUCGCUCUGUGGCCCAAAAUUUCCUCAACAAGACCUACGAAGCCGGUCGUCGGCUGGUGAUCGAACGGGCGAAGAAGAACAAAGCUGGGACGGUUCUGAUCAUCCAGCACUACCCGCACUUCUGCCCGAGGGAUCUUUUCGAAGACUCCCUCCCAGCUUCACGCAAGGGCAAGGUCAAAGUGCUCUGUGCAUAUGGACAUGUCCAUGACCAGAAGUGUGACAAGAAGGACGAAUCUGGCAUGUGUCUUGACAUUCUGUCCGGUGGCGGAGGCGGCUGCUGUGCCCCCUUGAUUAACCGGGCGGGCUUCGCAGCAGUGCACCUGGAUUCGGGCAGUGGCGUGGCUGCAGUGGAUGUCGAAUCCCCGGAAGUUCGCCUGCCAGCAGGCAGUUGUGCAUGGUAG